AUGGCCGCAUCUGCCAAGGCCCAGAAGAUGGAGAUCGCCGCGAAGGCGACGGCAGACCUCAACGUGACAACCAAGGGUAAAGCGGAGGACGAGCAGUCUCUGGAAGACACGAACACGGAGUGCCACCUGAAGUCGGAAGAGUUCGAGAAAAAUCAGGUGAUCCGUGCAGAGGAGGUGAAGGCCAUUAAGGGAGCGAUGGACAUCUUGAGCAGCGAGGCUGUAGCUGGCGCGGGCGAGAAGCACCUGCCGGCGCUGCUGCAGGGCAGGCGCAAGCCGAAGGUCUUGGCGCAGCUGCACAGCACGCAGGACCCGGGCACGUCGGUGAAGGCCAAGGCCGCUGCGUAUUUGCAGGCGAAGGCUCAGAAGAUGGGCAGCCGCUACUUGGCCGUGAUGGCGCAACACGCAGCAGAUGAUCCUUUCGAAAAAGUGAAAAAGAUGAUAAAGGAUUUGAUUGUCAGAUUGAUGGAGGAGGCUAACGCGGAGGCAGACCACCAUGCCUUCUGCUCCACGGAGCUGGCAACGAACAAGCAGACUCGCGACAACAAGGCGGCGGAGGUGGAGGGCCUGACGGCCUCCGUGGACAAGAUGACCGCCGAGGUCGGCGAGCUCGCGUCGGAG